GUCAUCAUCACAAGAGUGAUCACGGUUAUGGCAGGCUAGUGGGAGUCACCUCCUUCCCCGAGUGGGAGGAUCAUAUAUUGAAUUAUCCAUCAAUGUUGCAGGAUCCUGGGCAGCAGAUUGCAUUCAUUGCCAAUAUGGAGCAAAGAAAGUCAAGUGACUGCACUAUAAUUGGGAAAGUAGCAGCUCAUGUCCCCGAUCUCAUCGUAUAUGGCGAUUUCUCCCAGGAGGUGCCUUUCAUUGAGAGUUUUGAUGGAGUAUUGCUUUUUGCAGACAUUUCAGGUUCAGCUUUAAUCAGCUGUUCUCCAUCCAUGAACUGAUCUCCUCCAAGCACUGGGACAUCUUGGUGGUUUUACUGCACUGACGGAGAAGUUUAGCAUGGACACCAGUCUGGACCGUGGCGCUGACCAGCUAACGCAGACUCUCAAUCAUUACGUAGGGGAUAUUGUGGAAGAGAUACUGGUUUAUGGAGGCGAUAUCUUGAACUUUGCAGGGGAUGCACUGCUAGCACUGUGGAAAGUGCAACGAAGCCAGCUGAGCGAUAUCAUUACACUAGCGCUGAAAUGUAGCCUGAGGAUCCAGGAAGAGUAUGGGGUUCGUGAGACUGAAGUGGGUCUGGAGCUCCGAGUGAAGAUAGGGCUAUCUGCAGGUCACAUCUCCAAAGUUGUUGUUGGAGACAAUAAGCACCAAUAUUUUCUGGUAAUUGGCCGAGCAGUGGAUGAAGUUCGGUUGGCCCAAAACCUAGCAAAAGCAAGCGAGGUUAUUCUAUCGCCGAACUGCUGGGAACUCUGUAACAGGAACAUGAUAGAAAUAGAAAGAAUUAAAGAUCAAAGAGCUGUUAAGGCUAGAUACAUAAAGACCAUCUCUGAGACUGAGUUUGACGAGUUCUUCUGGAAAUGUACUGAAUACCUACAGCACUACCCCACUGGUGAAAGUAACAGUAUUCUCAGAGCAACCUCCACAUUGUCUCCUAAUGAUGAGCUGGAGAAGUGCCUCCGGAAGUAUGUGAUGAGAAACAUUCUGAAGAAGAUUGACGACAACCAACCUCUAGAAUAUUUAUCUGAGCUUCGGCCGGUCACAAUUGUCUUUGUGAACCUGCAGUUUGACGAAAGAGCCAAAACCUUGCAUUUGUGCAAGGCCAUCCACGAUGCCAAUGUGAAGAUCUCAGACAUCAUUCAUGUCUUCAGAGGCAAAAUCAACAAAGUCUUUAUGUUUGACAAAGGCUGCACAUUCCUGUGUGUGUUUGGGCUCCCUGGGGAUAAGCAGGCUGACGAGAGCACCCACGCCUUGGACAGCGCAUUUCAAAUCUUCAACUUCUGUUCUGAGAAGCUCAUGAAAAUAAAGCUAGUUUCCGUCGGGGUUACCAGUGGGCCAGUGUUCUGCGGAGUAGUUGGCCAUCGUGUAAGGCAUGAAUACACAGUCAUUGGCCGGAAGGUGAAUCUCGCUGCUCGGAUGAUGAUGUAUUAUCCGGGGUUAGUGUCCUGUGAUGCAGUGACCUACGCCAACUCCAGGCUGCCUCAUUACUUCUUUGAAGAGCUCCCCCAGGCUGAGAUGAAAGGAGUUGUGAAUCCUGGCGUGGUCUAUCAUUAUCUUGGCAUCAGUGAGAAAAAAACAAUGAUUGGCAAAGCAUAUCUCACCAAGAAGAGGUCUGAGUAUGUCCCCUUACUGGUCACUCAAUGUUUCUUAGGUCGGGAAAAAGAGCUUGAAAUCUAUGACAUUUUAUUGAAAGGAUUUGUGGGGUCUACAGAAGGCCGCGUCAUAAUGUAUGAAGGCCUUAUGGGGUGUGGAAAGAGCCAGUUACUUGCUGAAAUUGCCUACUUAGGUCAGGAGGCUGGCCACAGGGUUGUUGCUAUGGAGCUGACGAAGGUAAAUGUGCAGCAGCAUUUUUUUGCCAUCCGGACACUCAUGGCCAUGUUUCUGGAGAUUGAUGCCUGUAAAACUCAUGAUGCAAGAGAGCACAUCCUCCGAGGCAAACUCGGAGGUGUGGUAGAAGAGACCUACUAUUGCCUCCUGAAUACCAUCUUUCUUGUUAAGUUUCCCAUCUCUGCAGAGGUUUCCAAAAUGAAUAAUGAAACAAAGACAAAGGAGAUGGGACUAUUUCUUGUGAAAAUACUACAGAAGGCAGUGGAGAACGACAUUCUCAUUUUUGUCAUUGAUGAAGCCCACUUCAUUGAUCUUGCAUCAUGGGAAUUUCUGGACAACUUGCUCUCCAGGAUUCCAGUGUUUAUGGUCAUGUCUCUAUCUCCUCCCAGCCGCCAAGCACGGCUGCCUUGUGUCUCUGCUGUAAACAUCAUUAACAGCGCAAAGACCACCUACGUUCUGCUGCGGGAGCUAAAGCCCUCUGUGAUCCUGCAAAAAGCCUGCCAGGACCUUGGGGUGGUCAGCAUCCCCCGGGAGUUAGAAACGUUCUUGAUACAGAGAAGCCAUGGAAUCCCAUUUUACUGCGAGGAGUUGCUGCGGAACCUCCAUUUAAACAACAUGCUCAUCUUCCGUCUGUGGGAGGAGGAGGAAGAAGUAGAUGAUGAGUGGGAGGGCCUUUUCACCAAUGCCAUCAAGGCCAUCCCCUCCAAAACGGAAUCGCUUUCCAGUUCAGACAAUGUCUUGUACAUUUGCACCAUUCGCCAGAAUGUUAAGUUGCAAAAUAUUAUGCUGCCCCCUACCUUAAAAGGCAUUGCACUGGCUGAGUUAGACAACAUGAGCCCUUCGGAGCAGAUGGUAGUGAAGUGUGCAGCUAUCAUUGGGCUGACUUUCACAACUGAGCUGCUGCUCCACAUCCUUCCCGAAUGGACCAAGAGGAAGAUGAACCAGACGCUUGCAGCCCUGGUGGAUUCCCACAUCUUCAAGUGUUUUAAUAAAAGAAAGGACUCCCAGAAUGCACAAUCACAGGAUAUGCCCUCCGCGGAGUUACUUGUUUGCCCCGGGACGGUGAGAUCAAUUGGACAAGAGUCAGAUAUCCACUCUUCUGUUUGUAACCGAAUCAAGCAAGAGCAGCUGGUGAUGCAAUGCGGUGUCAUGGCGUUCUGCAUGCCACUGCUGCAGGAAGCAGCCUAUGAGGUCUGGCUGAAGAGCCAGAAGAAAGCCUUACAUCUCAAGUGUGUGAGCUAUCUAGAAGGGCAGGCUCACAAAUGCAGACGCUGUGGAGAAGGGGACUUCAUUUCAUUUCACCGCCACACUGUGGAAAAGAUGCUGGAGAGCAUUGAGCCUCAGGAAAACAGUUCUGAGCAGCACAAGGAAUACCCAUUCAGCGAAGCAGCCUCACUGAUCAUUUACACAACCCUGAAAAGGCUUCAGGCACCCUCAUUUGAAGGGAUGGAGAGAAAAGCUGUGACAGCCGAAGCUUCCCUAACCAGCACAUGCUCCCUUGAAAAUGUCCAGAGGACAAGUGAAGACAUCACUACUUCUACUUUCUCCAAGAAGUUAGAGUUAUUACUUCCAGAAGACUUUGAGACAGAGACUGUAAAGGCACUAAAGAAACACAAGAUGUUGCCAGAGGAAAAUCUUAAAGCUGAAGAGAUAGAGAAGGAGUUUCUGGAGAGGCUGGACGAGAUCAUUCAGCAGUCUGACAGGGGUCGGGAGAAGAUCCGGCGCUUGGGAUCCUGCGAAUGUGAAGAGAUCGUGGAGUCUGUCUUUGUGCCCCUGGCCCGGCACUGCGUGGCGAUGGGAGAAUAUGCCAGAGCCUUGUAUUACUUGUUGGAGUGUGCAGCUGCUUACUUACAUCUGUCAAACAACUACAUGGCCUUUAGCAAUUUGAAUACAGCAGAGAAUCUGAUCAAAUCGGUGGAUCUCAGAGCGACUGUAAUUAACCAGUUUGAGGAAGCUACCUUCUACAGCCUGAAGGGUGAGGUCUGUUAUAACAUGGGCCAAAUGGAUUUGGCAAAGAAAUUUAUCAGGAAGGCUUUGAUUUUAUUAAACAGAAGAUUCCCAUUUAACUUGAUUGGAGUCUUUUUUAAGACUCUGCUGGAAGUGUCAAAGCAUGCGUCUCACCAGAAGAAGCAGCAAUUCUUGUAUAGUCGCAGUAAAGGUGUCCCCAGUGGAAGGCUCCCAGCUUACACUGCAGCAGUCUCCAGAUGGGAGAAGAAAUUAGCUGUCCUGUACCAGCAGGGCCACUGCCUUUCCUUAUUGUGGCAACUUUUCAGCCUGGACACUGCUACAAACAGCAAGAAGUUCUGUCACCUGGCAGCACUCAUGAAGGUGAACUCAGCAGAGGAAUCGGAUGAUGAGAGCCAGAUCAUUUCAUCCUAUACGGAAUUGUCACUCUGCUGCCAGAUGAUGGGUUACCAAGAUGAAUGGAUGAAAUAUGAGCUGAUGGCCAUCCAGCGUAGCUCUCACCUACAGGUUAUCGGAGGAGGGCUAUUAACAACAGUUAAAUUAGCACAAUCACUGGCCUAUAUGAAGCUCUGCUUGGGUAACCUGCCCCUAUCUAUUCAAUUAGGCUAUCGAGCUCAUGAAAUGUGUGUGCGUUUGAAGAAACCGAAGCUGGACUCUCUGGUUCUCUGCAUGCUCUUCAAAGCUCUCUUUCUGAGCAUCAGGUACCAAGACUGUGUUCAAGUACUGAGCUGGCUGGAGGAGUUGGCUGUUGAGGAGGAGAGAAUCAUUGAGAUGGCUUGUUUCUUUUCUUACUGUUUAGAACUCUUGCUUUAUGCUGGAUUUUCAUUUAAGUCAUUUAAAGAGUGCCUGGAAUUCAUACAGCGCAAUGAAAAAAACUGCAUCCUUAUGUCUCAGAACAGCAUCAUGUUGGGGCUGUAUUCAUCCCUGGCCAUUUGGUUUGCCAGACUUCAGCAGUGGGGCAACUUCAAGGAGCCGUUUGAAAAGGCCAGAAGGUUGCUGAGGAGAACUAACGCCUCAUUCUUUGCUACUAGUGGAUUCUGUAAAUUCUUGGAGUGUGAGGUCCUUGUGCUACGGAAACACAUUGAGGAAAAGCCUAAUUUGGUCCGGGAGACUCGUACUAAGACGCUAAAGGACUUGGACCAGGUUCUCUCUCGAUGCUCCACAAGCCCUAUCUAUUACCCUAGGGUUUACCACCUGAAAGCCUAUAUCCUCCUGGUGUUGGGCAAAGAAGAACAGAGCCAAAUCUACCUAUCCCAAGCAUUCCAACUCUGUGACAUAUAUGGAAACCUCCUGGAGAAAUCCUGGCUGGAGAUCAGCAAUGAGUGGUGGUUCACUGCAAAAGGCCCCAUGGAAGACUUAUGGCUGAAGGCCGCACCAGAUUUUCCCAAGUGGAAAAUAGGAAUGACAGAGAGAGACUUUCCAGAGAUCCAUAAAACCAAGUACUUGCUGCGGGUGCCAGCACUGGAUAUUAACAAUCCUUUUCCAGAACCUGAGAUCCCCGAUGUCUGAGCUGCAUGUAGUUCUGCCCAACUGGAGCACUUUGUAAGCCUUUGUAACCGGCACUGCCCAAAUUUGUAAGCAUUUAUGAAAUAUUCCUACGGUACAACACCUGCUCUCUGCAAAGCCCUCUAAAUUUGUUCAUCUCUUUCUUUGGUAAAUGUAGGUUCUAAUGUCUCACCGUGGCUUGCUUAGACCAUUUUUUCCUUACUGUUAAUUAAACUCUGCAGUAGCUCUU